AUGUAUCACCAAGGGUGUGCUACACAGAUUUCAAAAUCGGACAAUUUGUUUCCGGAGAGAGUUGAUUUUCCCAGUCGUCACAUAGGUCCGAGAGAUCAUGAUAUUGUUACGAUGUUAGAUCUUCUUGGAUAUAAGAGCCUCGAUCAGUUGACCAAUGAUGCAGUGCCUAAGCAAAUCCAGUUACCAAGACUUAUGGAAAUUGAUGCGCCAAUAAGUGAAUAUGAUUUAAUUGAAAGAGUACGUAAAAUAGCUGAAAAAAAUCAGAUAUGGCGUUCUUAUAUUGGUAUGGGAUAUCACAAUUGCUGUGUUCCUCAUACCAUCAUGCGAAAUUUGUUUGAGAAUCCUGGAUGGACAACACAAUAUACUCCUUACCAACCAGAAGUUGCGCAAGGCAGGUUGGAAAGUUUAUUAAAUUAUCAGACAAUGGUUAGUGACUUAACUGGUUUAGAUGUUGCAAAUGCUUCACUUUUGGAUGAAGGAACAGCUGCAGCCGAAGCUUUGUCACUUUGCCACAGGCAUAAUAAAAGAUCUAAAUUUGUCGUAUCUGAACGGUUACAUCCUCAAACAUUAGCUGUAGUUCAAACGCGAUUGGAUGCGCUGGGGCUAGAAGUUAUGGUUGUACCAGAUGUCCGUCAAGUUGAUUUUGCUCAAAGAGAUAUAUCAGCCGUGCUACUGCAAUGCCCUGAUACACGGGGAUUAGUUUAUGACUAUUCAGGAUUAGCUGCAACUGCUCAAGAGCACGGGACUUUAGUUGUCGUAGCAACAGACCUCUUAGCUUUAGCCUUAUUAAGACCUCCAGCAGAAUGUGGUGCAGCUUUGGCAGUUGGUACAUCUCAGAGGUUAGGUGUUCCACUUGGCUACGGUGGACCACACGCUGGUUUUUUUGCUGCCGAACAUCCUUUAGUACGUUUGAUGCCUGGCCGCAUGGUUGGCGUUACCAGAGAUGCAGCUGGAAGAGAUGCUUACAGGUUAGCUUUACAAACUAGAGAACAGCAUAUACGUCGCGACAAAGCCACAUCAAAUAUUUGUACUGCUCAGGCACUUCUGGCUAACAUAUCAGCUAUGUAUGCUGUAUAUCAUGGCCCACAAGGUCUUAGAGAUAUUGCAACUAGGGUUCAUAAUGCUACAUUAGUUCUUGAUCAUGGAAUACAAAAUCGCGGUCACAAGCAAUCGAACGACGUAUAUUUCGAUACCCUUCAUGUAGUUCCUGUUUCCGAACACGAUGCUUCCGCUAUAAAAGCACGGGCUCAGGAGAAGAUGAUUAACUUGCGGUAUUUUGAGGAUGGCGCAGUAGGUGUUGCCUUAGACGAAACCACUACUAUGCAGGAUGUUGAUGAUUUGUUGUGGAUAUUCGAUUGCGAAAGCGUUGAGGAGGUUAUAAAAACUGGCGACGCAAAAUCUCGCAGUGUACUACGGGGACCUUUUCGCCGCACCUCUCCAUAUUUGACACAUCCAGUUUUUAACAUGCACCAUUCUGAAACUAGAAUAGUUCGGUACAUGAAAAGAUUAGAAAAUAAAGAUAUAUCGCUGGUCCAUUCGAUGAUACCUUUGGGUUCCUGUACUAUGAAGUUGAAUUCAACAACCGAAAUGAUGCCCUGCUCGUUUAAGCACUUUACUGAUAUUCAUCCAUUUGCACCUCUUGAUCAAUGCCAAGGCUACCACAUAUUAUUUGAAGAACUCGCUAAGGAUCUAUGCGCUAUCACUGGUUAUGAUCGAGUAUCAUUUCAACCUAAUAGUGGUGCUCAAGGCGAAUAUGCUGGUUUGAGAACAAUCAAACGCUACCAUGAGUUUCGAGGCGAUACCGGGCGCAACAUCUGCCUUAUACCUGUCAGUGCUCACGGCACUAACCCUGCGUCCGCGCACAUGGCUGGCAUGCGGGUCUGCGCCAUACGAGUUACUCCCUCGGGCGACAUUGAUAUGGAACACCUUAAGGAGAAGGUAGAAGAGCACAGCGAGAAGCUAUCGUGUCUGAUGCUCACAUAUCCGAGCACGUUCGGUGUGUUCGAGGAGCGUGCCGCGGACGUGUGCGCGCUGGUGCACGCGCACGGGGGCCAGGUCUACCUGGAUGGCGCCAACAUGAACGCGCAGGUUGGUUUAUGUCGUCCAGGUGAUUACGGCAGUGAUGUAUCACAUCUCAAUUUACAUAAAACUUUCUGUAUACCUCAUGGAGGAGGAGGUCCAGGAAUGGGACCUAUCGGAGUUAAAGCGCACCUGGCACCGUUCUUACCGUCACACCCGGUAAUAAACCCACUCGCCGACUUAGGAGACGCAGCGCAUAGCUUUGGCUCCGUUAGCGCUGCGCCUUUCGGGUCUUCAGCCAUUUUGCCUAUCUCUUGGGCUUAUAUUAAGAUGAUGGGACCAAAAGGUUUGAAGCGAGCGACGCAAGUGGCCAUACUUAAUGCUAAUUAUAUGUCACGAAGGCUGGACGGUCACUACAAAACAUUAUACAAAGGUGAAAGGGGAUUGGUUGCACAUGAAUUUAUAAUAGACGUACGAGAUAUGAAGAAAACUGCUAACAUUGAACCUGGCGAUAUUGCAAAGCGACUUAUGGACUUUGGUUUCCAUGCGCCGACAAUAUCAUGGCCAGUCGCAGGUACGCUUAUGAUUGAACCGACAGAAUCCGAAGAUCUUCAGGAAAUGGACCGUUUUUGUGAUUCACUUAUUACAAUAAGAAGAGAAAUUAAGGAUAUUGAAGAUGGCGUUAUUGACAAACGAUUGAAUCCAGUAAAGAUGGCGCCACAUACCCAGCAAGAGGUAAUAACGGAGGAUUGGAACCGUCCCUAUACUAGAGAGCAAGCUGCUUUUCCAGCUCCAUUCGUAAAAGCAGAAACGAAAAUUUGGCCAACAGUUAGUAGAAUUGACGACAUGUAUGGAGACAAACAUUUAGUUUGUACUUGCCCACCAGUUAUUGAUGAUUUUUGAUUUAAGAGAAGGAAUAAAAUAAUAAUACUUGAGCUGCGAUCACAUAAUGUUUAAUUGUCCAUAUUGUCGUAUAAUAAAUAUUAUCUCCAUA